AUGGCUUUGUUGUCACCUUCACAAAAGGAUCAAAGUGAAGCCAACACAAGCAAGGCACCGCUGGCCCGGCCUCCUCCUCCUCCUCAGCCUCCUCACCCUCAUCAGCCUCCCCAGCCUCCUCACCCUCCUCAGCCUCCUCAGCCUCCUCAGCCUCCUCACCCUCCUCACCCUCCUCACCCUCCUCAGCCUCCUCACCCUCCUCAGCCUCCUCAGCCUCCUCAGCCUCCUCACCCUCCUCACCCUCCUCAGCCUCCUCAGCCUCCUCACCCUCCUCACCCUCCUCACCCUCCUCACCCUCCUCAGCCUCCUCACCCUCCUCACCCUCCUCACCCUCCUCAGCCUCCUCAGCCUCCUCACCCUCCUCAGCCUCCUCACCCUCCUCAGCCUCCUCAGCCUCCUCACCCUCCUCACCCUCCUCAGCCUCCUCACCCUCCUCAGCCUCCUCAGCCUCCUCACCCUCCUCACCCUCCUCAGCCUCCUCAGCCUCCUCACCCUCCUCAGCCUCCUCACCCUCACCAGCCUCCUCCAUAUUUGGCAUGUUCUGAGCGCCGGAACCUGGAUAUCCAGUCGAGCUUUAUUAGUGUGACAUUCAGAGCUGCAGAGCCCUUUAUCCCCGUGGCCCCCCACUCACCGGCCGUGCAGUUUUCAUCUUCUAACCGCCAACUUCCUAUUGCAUCUUUGUCACACGAGAGUCUGCCGCAUGACCUGCCACUCAGCGGUUACAUAGUGGGUGACUGCAUCAAGAGUCGCAGUGUUAUGGAGGACUCCCACAACUACGCCAACGGCUACAGUCUGUGUUUGGAAGUCUAA